ACCUCUGUUGGACGUAUCGUAAAAUCAUGGCGGACGGGGAUAAAAAUUACCUCUCUGCGGUGAAGGUAGUAGAGUAGCCGGUGGCUUCGAGCGAAAUUCAAACGUUCUCAUUUUAGUGUGGUUGUCACCAUGGGAAAGACACCAGCUGUAGGAAUAGAUCUUGGAACUACGUACUCCUGUGUCGGAGUAUGGCAACAUGGAAAAGUGGAAAUUAUUGCAAAUGAUCAAGGGAAUCGGACAACGCCAAGUUAUGUGGCCUUUACUGAUACGGAACGAUUAAUUGGCGAUGCUGCCAAAAGUCAGGUGGCAAUGAAUCCCAAAAAUACAGUGUUUGAUGCUAAACGUCUCAUCGGCCGUCGUUUUGAUGACCCAAAAAUCCAAAAUGACAUGAAACAUUGGCCGUUCACCGUCGUCAAUGAAGCUGGUAAGCCCAAGAUCCAGGUGGAGUACAAGGGAGAAAUCAAGAAAUUCGCACCUGAAGAAGUCAGUUCGAUGGUUCUGAGCAAGAUGCGAGAGAUCGCCGAGACGUACCUGGGGGGAAAGGUAAGCGACGCCGUCGUCACUGUGCCUGCGUACUUCAACGACUCCCAGCGUCAGGCAACCAAAGACGCCGGUGCCAUAGCUGGUCUCAACGUUCUCCGCAUUAUCAACGAGCCUACGGCCGCCGCUCUGGCUUACGGACUCGAUAAGAAUUUGAAGGGCGAAAAGAAUGUUCUGAUCUUCGACCUCGGGGGCGGCACUUUCGACGUAUCCGUGCUGGCCAUUGACGAGGGAUCUCUGUUCGAAGUGAAAUCAACCGCAGGCGACACACAUCUUGGCGGUGAAGACUUCGAUAAUCGACUAGUGACUCAUUUUGCUGAUGAAUUCCAACGGAAAUAUAAAAAGGAUCUGAAAGGGAACUCGAGAGCGUUGAGACGUCUGCGGACAGCGUGUGAAAGAGCCAAACGCACCCUGUCCUCGAGUACCGAGGCAAGCCUCGAGAUCGACGCCCUUCACGAAGGCAUCGACUUCUACGCCAAGAUAACACGAGCCCGCUUUGAGGAGCUGUGCAUGGACCUCUUUCGAUCAACGCUGACGCCCGUAGAACGCGCACUGGCUGACGCAAAGCUGGACAAGGGACAUAUACAUGACGUCGUGCUCGUUGGCGGUUCCAUUCGCAUCCCGAAAAUCCAGAAGAUGUUACAGGACUUCUUCUGUGGUAAAGCACUCAACCUCUCCAUCAACCCAGACGAGGCUGUAGCUUAUGGUGCUGCAGUGCAGGCUGCCAUCUUGAGUGGGGACACGAGUUCCCAGAUUCAAGAUGUCCUUCUGGUGGAUGUGGCUCCCCUGUCUCUUGGCAUUGAGACAGCUGGAGGUGUCAUGACAAAAAUCGUGGAGCGAAACUCACGCAUUCCUUGCAAACAGACACAAACCUUCACGACGUACUCCGACAACCAGUCAGCGGUCACAAUACAGGUGUUUGAAGGUGAACGAGCAAUGACUGCAGAUAAUAAUUUAUUGGGAACUUUCAAUUUAACUGGAAUACCUCCAGCUCCAAGAGGCGUUCCAAAAAUAGAGGUCACUUUUGAUUUGGACGCUAACGGAAUUCUGAAUGUUUCUGCCAAAGAAGGCAGUACUGGAAGAUCAGAAAGAAUCACUAUCCAGAAUGACAAAGGGAGAUUGUCCAAGGAAGAAAUUGACAAAAUGCUUGAUGAAGCUGAGAAGUAUCGGACAGAGGACGAAAAGCAGAAGGAGAAGGUAACGGCAAGAAAUCAGCUUGAGAGUUACACAUUUGGGGUAAAGCAGGCAGCUGAAGAAGCAGCAGCAGGAAAGCUUACAGAUGAUGAAAAGAAAACAGUGCAAGAGAAAUGCAAGUCGGUGUUGAGCUGGCUAGACAGCAACACUCUCGCUGAGAAGGAUGAGUACGAGGACAAACUGAAGGAAAUCCAACGUGACGUGGGACCCAUAAUGGUAAAACUGCACCGGGGCUCCAGUGGCAAUGGUUCUGGUGGCAAGGGACCCACUGUUGAGGAAGUUGACUAAAUUAAUAGUUGUAACCAAAUAAGCUCCUGCAAUAUGAAGACGUUAAGGUCGGACUCACGCUGCGCGCCAUGCGUUGGUGGUCUUGCUGCUUCCUUUAACAACACGCUCUUCAAUUUUGUUAGCAAUAAUUGGUGCUUAAGACAGAUUAUAAUUCUUGUUACUAUUAUAAUUUAUUUAACAAUGCUCAGUCACAUGCAGGAGUCAUAUAUCCUUAGAUGCGGCAAAGUACGUUUUUAACUUAUUCUUUCUAUUUAUUUCCUACAAUUCCACUAUUUAAUUUAUUUUGGGUUUAUUUAACAGCGCUCUUGAAAUUUAUAAGAUUUUAUAACAUUGACUGAUAGGAUGGUUAGUGAAUAAUGAAUUGGUUGGAUACAGCAUGGAAACAGUCACGGCCUAAUUUAAGAUACUAUAUUUGCAUUUACCUGGAGGAACCAAGGAAAACAACAGAUAUCUCAAUCAUGAUACCUGGUUUCUUGACCAAGAUCUGAGGUUUAUGUACAAAUGGCUAUUAAGCAGUUGUGAACAGCAGACAACGGUGUUCCUCCAGCUUUGGUUGUGGUCAGGAGCUAGCAACUCGUCACAGUAAAAGAACCAGCAUGUUCCAAAAUGACCAAUUACAGGCUCUUAUUCCAUAAAAGACAGGGAAUUUAAGGGGUUGAGUGACUGACAGUUUCUGAAGAAGCGUUUUGUUGCAUGUGGUUAGUUGAUCAAUGAGUCCAUUAGCUUUCGAAACUAAAUUGAAGUGUCAAGACACUGAAGGAAUAUCAACACACAUAUGUAACGGGAUUUUAAAAAUAACAUUAACAUCUUUCUGUAAAAGAAUUACACUAUCCAAGGAAGAAAUACAAAUAGCUGUUAUAACAUUUAGUAUAUAUUGUGUAGUUAGUAAAGAAACUUUUAAUACACUCUUACACAAAAUGUAGCAGAAUUUUAUAUAGCCCAGUUGUAUCCCUAGAUGAAGUUCUGCCACUUUACGGACACUGAAAAUAUUACACGAGUAUUAUUUUAGUCAAUAACGAAGCACAGGUUUGUAGUAAUUGCAUUAUUUUAUAUGAACAGCAUGUGUGACUGCGAUAGUUGGGUAAAUGUUUCCAUUAUAUAGAAAUUAAACUUGGGGCAGAGGAAUGUAUGAAUAGUUGCUAAUGAUCCAUUUUGUGUUCCAGACCCAAAGACUUCAUAAGUCCAUUAACAUAACUGCAAAAUACUAAAUAAUAAUUUAUGUAUCAUUACCUGUAAAUAAAAGUUACAGAAACCCUACGAGACAAUAUCAAGGAGCGUAACAUUUUAUCAUACCAAAUGAUACUGCAUUUCAGAUAUUUUACUUCUAUGUCAAAUAAUGUGAACAGCUGACUUCAGCUCUUCGAUAUGUGGGUUAAGAUGAAAGAAAUGUGUAGAUUAGUUGAUAUGUGUGUGAAAACACGAGCCUGAUAAGGUGCCAAGAAAUAUGAACACCAUAUGCACGUGGUCUUCUUUCAAUUUACGAUUUUCUGUUUGAUUUGUUGGCUUCAGUAGAAGAGAAUAUGGCAUAUACUUACACCUACUAGACUUAAAUACAUUUUACAGAAGUUCUUUUACUACGAAACUGAAGUCUGCAUAAUUAAUAUAUGUGAGUUACAAGUACUACUUGAUUAAAUGUAAUUAUUUAACACUGACUACAUCACUGUAUAUCACCAAUAUAUCAAAUUGUAGGAUUCAAGAUUCCUAAUAUUUCAUAUUUUGACAAUAAAGUACAUUUUUUGUGCAUA